AUGAGUGACCACCAAGGCGUGCGGCGACGGAAAAGUCGUCCUUCCGUGAGUUUUUCUCGGAGGUUCCAACUUCUACAUGUCCCAGGACGACGAUUCUAUCGAUUCUGAUGACAGCGAGUACAAAGAUAUCGUCGACGACAUCCAGAAGGACCGCGUUGUAGAUGAGAUUCCCAAUGACACUCGUUGGUCGUGAGUUUCUAUUAUCCAGAAGAAGGAAGCCAAAUCUGAUCCUUUCUUUAGAAGACGUCAGAUAUAAGGAUUUAGGCAAAUAAAAACCGAAUCAAAAAGAUGGGGAGAGACGUCUUCCAUUCAUGGCUUCCCACACGUUGCGCAGGCAAAUGCGGUAAGAAUAUGAAUAUUUUUUUUAAAGGGAGGUUUUGAAUUGCGAGGGUUUGGAGAAAAAGAAAGUUAACCGUUUUCGUAGAUUUUUGACAGAGUGAGAAUUUUUUUGACGACCCUCUAAAUACUUAAUGAAAAUGAACUUAGCUUCUUAAGCUGCAAGUUUUGAUUUCAAGAUUUGUUUUGACCUUUACUCACUAUUAAUUUUUUCAGUUCUUAAAAUAAAUUUUCAGCUCCUCUCAUACUCCUGGAAAAACUAAAAUUCUAUAAAAAGCCCUAAGAAGGUUUGGGAAGUCCUCAAUUCUCAGCUUUCUCUCAUUUUUGAUUCUUUUGGACAAAAAAAAAACGUUCAGACGAAACUAAUAAUCGUCUCUUCUAAGAAAGGUUAGCAAUGGGAAGAGAUUUAUUAGAAAUUCUAAAACCAAAUUACCAUGAUCCCCAUUCCUUUUACCGAUUUUAUUUACGAAAUUAAGUUGUGAAAAACUGUUUCACAGCCGAUUCCCGAGCAAACUUCUUUCACCCUGAUCACAUGAUCUUUUGAUCAACCAAAAUAUACAACUUUGAAUCGAAAUUCUUUUUCAGGGCUCAACCAUCGCUUUUUGGCUCUUCAUCUUAUUGCUGAGUACCGCCGGACUCGUUUAUUUGUUCACGGUCACCUUGAAGCAAUACUUCUCGUAUGCAAAGACUGUCAAUAUCAAGGUGGAGAUCUUCAAUCUUCAAGUUGAAAAAGGCGAAAACUGAAGGUUGGACUACAAGAAUUCCCGUUUCCUUCGAUCACUCUUUGCAACAUAAAUCCGUACAAGCUGAGCGCCAUCCAAGGAAUUCCGGAGCUCGAAGCUUUGGUGCGUUUUGGGGAGGAUUUAUUCAUUUUUUUUGUGGAUUUUCAGUUGUCGAUCUAUGAAUCCGCAGGAGAUGGGACUUUCUAA